GGGCCACUUUGUGAGUUCAGAUAGGUUUUCCUUUCGUUUCCGGGUUUGUGCGCCACACAGCUGAUUCAAACAGAGUUUAAAACCCCUGGACCUGCGGUGUGUGGUGACAGUGGACAAGGAGAGACUACAGAGCACACAGCUGUAUGGUGAGGUAAGGAAUCUUACUUCCUAUUAUGAUAUCUUCAAAACAAUGUAACAUGCAGCCUCAGAAUAACAGGAUAUAAACAGAACUUUUGGUGUCAGAGAAUUUUGCUGGUGUAUGAGAAUAUUGAUAGUAUCUUUUUUUAAAGUAUGCUCUUUUGUCUUUUCUUGAUUGGAAGAUUUCAGUCUUCUUCAGUGUGGUCAAACAGGACUGAAGAGCACAAUGGCAGAUUUUAAUCUUCAUGGGUAUCAGGAAGAAGUUGUUCAAAGGGCUCUUCAGGGGGAGAACAUAAUCAUCUGCCUGCCAACAGGAAGUGGAAAGACUCGUGCGGCUGUGUAUGUGGCCAAAAAACAUCUGGAGACCACACCGAAUGCUAAAGUGAUGGUCCUGGUAAACAUGGUAAACAAAAACAGUGCACACAAACACACAGAGGGCAGAGUGCAGAAUCAUCACAGAGUCAUGAAAUGUUGACACAGUAUGCUUUUUCUACUUCCUCUAUCUCUGAAGGUUCCACUAGUAGACCAACAUUACACAGAGUUCAAGCCUCUCCUGGGCGGCUGUUACACCUUGGCGCAAGUCAGCGGAGACAGUGAGGAGAAGGACUUCUUUGGGAUGGUGGUGCAGAAAUCCGACGUGGUCAUUUGCACAGCCCAGAUUUUGUACAAUGCCAUGACGAGCACAGAAGAAACCAAACAAGUUGACCUCUCAGGUCAGUGAAGGGGGGCUUAAACUUUAGUCUUUACCAUCAGUGAUGAUCAGUCGGCUUUGUUUUAACAUACGUGUGUUGGAUGCGCUCUUGAAUCUAUGCAGCGAUCAGCCUUCUGAUAGUUGAUGAGUGCCACCACACCAACAAGGAGUAUGUCUACAACAAGAUAAUGGCCUGCUAUGUAGAGCGGAAGCUGAAUGGAGAAAAACGUUUGCCACAGAUCCUUGGCCUCACUGCCUCUCUGGGAACAGGGGGUGAAACAAUCCUGUUAAAAGCUGUGGACCAUGUACUGCAGGUAAGGGUUCAUUUACUCCUCCUUCUACAGAUCCUUCAAUUCUGAUUCUUCUUCCUCACCACCAUUUUUUUUUCUCUCAGAUUUGUUCAAACCUUGACUCAGCCAUAGUUUUAAGUAAAGACUAUGUGUGUGAGCUGGAGGAGAAAGUGCCCAGACCUCAGAAGACUUACUCUAUCGUGGAGAAAAGACCAGAAGUAAGACCAUUUUUCUUCAAAUCAUAUACCCACUGUUUGAACUUCAGCAGACAGGGACUGAAACAUCUCUUCAUGACUCCAAAUAAGAUGAAGAAUUUUAUCUUGUAGGAUCCAUUUGGAGAUCUUCUGAAGAAGAUGAUGUACCAAAUCCAUGAGUUCAUGGACAUCCCUCCUGACUACACUCUGAGAGAGUGUGGCACACAGGAGUACGAGUUGGACGUGGUGUUACUGGAGCAGCAAGGUAACAAUACUAACUAAACUAAGCAUCUCCUUUUAGGGUUCAAACAAGAUCAGGGGCUGAUGCACUCAUGGAAGUUGUAUGUCUUUGGAACAGGUGUCAAAGACAAGAGCAGACAGCUGUCACAAUGCUCACGCCACCUCAGAAAGUACAACGACGCGCUGCUCAUCAAUGACACCCUGCGAAUGAGGGAUGCUUUUCGCUACCUGGAGGAUUUCUACAUCCCAAAGUUUGAGACAAUCAUUGAUGGAGUAGACAUCUUCUUGGUGGGGCUUUACCAAGGUAGAAAUUCAAAAGAUAAAAGUUAUUUUUAUUCUUAAAUGGAUAUUCUGGCGUAAAUUUAAGUUAGGGUCAAACACACCAUAAUACAGAGUUAGACACCCCCUCGAGAGAUGAAUGUUGCCGACCGCUUGUUUCUCUAGUAAUACCAACUUCAGCCAUGACCGCACGAUAGCAAUACACAGUGGUCUAUGUCUCCACACACAAACCUCAACUAAAAAGCCACUCUAUAACCACAAAUAAUGCUCAGAACAGCACCUAACUUCAUCAACAGAACAUAUAGGGUCCCAGCCAUAGUACUAGCCACCAAACAUCUUUUUAGUUUUGCCUGGUUUCUUUAGCAAAGAGACCAAACACAACUCACCCACUCUCUUCCAGCAGCUGCUUGUUUGUGGGGGAAGCCCCGAUGAGUCGAUUACUGAGUGCAGCGGAGGUUCGCAGCUCAAGGAAGAACAUUGAUGAUUAUUACUUUAUGGAAAUUCAAUCAGACGGAGACUCUAAGGCAGAAGAACUACUGCGUCUGCAGUGCAAAAUUAUUAUGAUGUUUAUUACUUCAUGGAAAUGAUCUGCUGCACUCGGUGAUCAACUCGUCAGGGCUCCCUGACAAACAAGUGGCUGCUGGAGGAGAGUGGGUGAGUUGUGUUUGGUCUCUUUGCUAAAGAAACCAGGCAAAGCUAAAAAGAGGUUUGAUGGCUAGUACUAUGGCUGGUACCCUAUAAAGUGGCUUUUUGGUUGAGGUUUGCAUGUGGAGACGUAGACCACUGUGUAUUACUAUCAUGCAGUCAUUACUAAAGUUGGUAUAACUACAGAAGCAAGCGGUCAGCAACAUUCAUCUCUCGAGGGGGUGUCUAACUAGGUGUCAUGAUGUGUUUGAUCCUAACUUAUAUUUACACUGGAAUAUCACUUUAAGUUUGGAAACAUGAGUAUUACUUAUGUUAGGUUCUUAUUUUACCUCUCAAACAACAAUAUUGUGUUAACUUAACACAGUGAGACAAGAGGAGCUGAGGACACUGGCAGGUAACCCCCUCUAUGAGAACCCUAGGAUGUCCAAACUGGAGGGGGUCUUGCUUGAACACUUUGGUCCAAGCUCGCAAUCAAAAGGGAUCAUCUUCAGCAAAACCAGAGAGAGCACACGCUGCCUCCAUGACUGGGUCCACACGAAUGCAGCCUUACAAGAAGCUGAAAUCAAGGCAUCUAUCCUCACCGGGGCAGGCAGCAUGACACCGGUUUGUUGUUACACGAUCCUAACACAAAGACGAUUAGUUAUCAUACUUUUCUACUGAUAUAUUUGUGCUGUUUGAUUUAGUCCUUCCAUCCUUUCGUGUGCAUACUUGCAGAGCGAGCAGGAAAACACAAUCAGCAGUUUCCGUCGGGGUAAACUCAAUCUCCUCAUCUCCACCACUGUGGCAGAAGAAGGCCUCGACAUCCCUGAGUGCAACCUGGUGGUCCGUUAUGGACUGCUUACCAAUGAGAUUGCCCAGCUGCAGGCCAGGGGACGAGCCCGAGCGAAAAACAGCCAGUAUUCAGUGGUCGCAGAGGAAGGAGGACCUGAACAGCGCAGGGAGAAAACCAAUGAAUAUCUAGAAGAGCUGACUGGAAAAGCCAUUGCAAGAGUACAAGAGAUGAGCAGUCAAGAGUUUCGCAGCAAGGUGAGAGUGAUGCUCUUUCAUUCUUUGUCUUUUACUCCCACUGCCAUGAGUUUCUACCAACACUUUUUAUUCUCCUUUGUCCCCAGAUAGCUGUGCUCCAAAAGCAGGCAGUGGAUUCGAGGAAAGCUCAGGAGAGCCAACAAGUGGAAAAGAGGAACUGCCACUCUGCUGCUAGUGUCCAGCUUUUGUGUCGUACAUGUUUCAAGCCUGUGGCUUCAGGCAGUGACAUCAAACUUGUCGACAACAUGCACCAUGUCAUUAUCAAUCCUGACUUCAAGUGAGUUUCACUCUUUUAUAGCAUGAAAGUUCUUCAGAAAGUAAAAGUCUUUACAUGAUAGAUAACAAUGGAGUACCUUUGCUACAGGAAGCACUACAAAGUUGGUGGGCAGGUGGUUAUAGAGAGGACUUUUGAGGACUGGGAGCCUGGGUGCCAAAUCAGCUGCAAUAACGGAAACUGCAACCAGGUAUGAUGUGCCACCUGCCAAGCAUCUCUUUAAACUCAGACAAAGGAGUUGUUGUUGCUGAUACUCCUGUUGGGUUUCUUCCUUUUUUUCAAUUCACAGCAGUGGGGAUUUGAGAUCAAGUACAAGAAGAUUGCCCUGCUGCCCAACAUAGCCAUUAAACACUUCGCCAUAGAGACCCCUGAUGGCCCGGUAACCAAGAAAAAGUGGAAAGACGUCACUUUCACUGUUGAACAGUUCAGCCUUGAAGAAUACUGCAUGGACAAUAUCCCAGACAUAUUUGAUUAAGUGUUGUCAUCCUGGCUCAGUAUGUCUUUUUUAACUCUUUUUCUCCCCUUGGUAUUAUGCCUGCUUUCACAUGCGCAGGGGGGAGGACAAACUUAUGCACGACAAACUAACGCACCAGUCAUGCUUGAAAUUAGCAUGACAGCUUUGUUUACACCCCAGGUCCUAACCCCCUCUGCAUGUGUCUGCUUUUCCUGAGCUUCAUCUUACGUCAAUCACACAAUCAAUGAACUCUACUGUUACAUGAACCCAAACCAUCAGUGGUCUCUGUCACCACAGAGAUGAUUUCAUAGGAUCUUUUAGCUUUUUUAAAAAUCAUGUCUGCUGACCAAAUCAUCAACUACAUUUUUGCAGCUAUAUGAAUGUGUGCAUGAGCUGGGAGUCCACUGACACUGUGAUUGUACAGAAAGUCUAAAAGAUUGCACUAAAUGUUACAUUUAUCAAUUCACUUUCUUUCUUUUGAUUUAUUGUGUAAAUGUGUCUUUCCCAUGUCAUGACAGCUAAUCGUGACAGAGGUAAAUAAACGAUCAUCUAAAAAGAGGAGGACAUUGUCACCAAAAACCCUCCUCUGGAGAUGCCUUAAAUAACCACUAGGUGCCAGUGUUGGUUAGCAAAUCAAGUUUCCUGUCUGUAACCUCUAACCAAGGGUUUGAAAAUAAAAUAAAAAUGUCUAUUGCUUAUUCUUGUGAAUGUCUGAGAAAAUUGUGUUUUUGUCAUUAAAGGUUUCACCCUUGCAAAACCUUGUUAACCUUGAGCAAGGCACUCCGUUAGUCAUUUGUCAUCUCAUUUGUCAAUUGUUGGUCACCGCCUCUAGAUAUUUGUAUAUUUGACAUCAGUAAAAAAAAAGGAAAAAAAAAAAACAUAAUUGAAGAGAAGACUCUUUCUAUGCAACUGUUUUUUUAGGCAUAAGAAAAUGAAGAGACUUUACUCAAUAACUAAAAAAAAAAAAACUGAAUGCAUUUUUUUGUCUUGAACAUUGCACAGAUGUUUGUUUUGAUUGCACUGCUCUGUGUUCUGUGUUUGCACCACAGGAUCAAUAAAUUUUAUUGACAUUAGAUCAUUAAACACCAUACCAGUGAACAGAUUUAUUUAACAUGCAAAUAAUAAUUCAGCACCCUGGCUUUGAUGGUUCAUUUUAUUACAUAGUAAAAUAUCUGUUUUACACGAUUCCUUUAGCAAUCCUCAACAGGCAGUUAGACAGUUCAUCAUAGAAACUGCUGGAACUAACAGUUUCAUUCAGCUGCUGUGUUUGUUUACAUUAAUUUCCGUGAGUGUACAGCAGCACAGCUCCAGUUAUAAUGAGCAGCUCCCAAAACAAACCCAGAUUAUGAAUCUACAGCAACUGGCAAGGAAGCCUCUCAUUUCAGGCUGCCAGCUGUAAGGGGUUAUACUCACUUUUGAACCGUAGCACAUCGUUUUGUGAUUCUCGGAGCACAACACGAUGAGGUCGGGCUCACAGUGUCACAUGUGCCAUAAUCCCUUCGAAUCUGGCAGAGAGCUGGAGCUGGUGGUGCAGCCAUGGACUUAAUCACACUAAAAACAGGCUCUGUUCGGUGUCAUGCCUGCUUCAGAUUCAGGCAGGGGAGAGGAGCUGUACACUGUAUGAUUUACUCUGAUCAUGCUCAGGCUCUAUAAUCAACUCUGAUUACUUCCUUUUACUUCCCAGCUCAACACCCCGUGCAUCCUAAUUGCAAUUAGCUCUCUUCUGAAAUUAAAGCUGCCUGGAGUAGUUGCACAAUCAACAACAAGCUGUAAUGUGUGUCUGUGUGUGUGGAAGUGUAGUGUGUGAGUUGAGAAAGUGCUUCUUUUGUAGAGGACUUCUGGUCACUGAUGUUAAAAACACAUGUUUGUCAUCUGAAUUUUACAGCAGGGUCUGAUGUUUAAAAUUACAGAUUAAUGCCAUAUAACAAUCAGUGGGAUGUGAUAUGGCAUUGACAGAGUUAUUCAUGUUUUAUUUGUGAAUUAAUUCUUCAAUGUAUAUUUAAUGUCUCCAAUGUUUGAAAUGUCAUAUAUCGUAUCGUCAUAUAUUUCGUUUAGAGCAGGAGAAACCAAAAUAUGUGAAUUCAUUUUUGGGUAUUAAAAUUAUUUAUUUCCAAAACCUUUUUCCAGAUUUACUUCAUCAAAUCAAUGAAAUAGUCAUUUGAAAAAUUACUUUCUAAAUCCUGUUCAGUCCGUGUGUUAGCUAGCUUAAAUGUGUGAUUGGCUGGUCAUUAGCUCUGUUGUAAUUAGCUAAGCUAUCAGUGGAUAGUGGAAGAAGGAGACCCCGUCACCUAAACGUGGAUGAAGAUUGGGUGGUGGAGGGACCACCGUAGCACAGAUGAAUUCAGGUGAAUCCAGGUGAGUUUUUCCAAAUGAGACUGGAAUCGUAAGCCUAUUACUAGCACUUCUUUACCUGAUUUUGGAUUCGCAUGCAAUGCACAUUUACUGUUAAAAAAUUACACAUUUAUUCUUCUAAGAUUUACUCAGCAUAAAAAACAUUAACCUUGUUUUUAACUUGAGGCCCUGUGUUGAAUCAGUCUGCCACAGAUGGUCUCAGGGUCCACUUCAGGUGUACUAAAUGCAGUUGAAGAUGUGUUGAAUUUUACAAUAUGUUCUAGGUGCUGUAGUUCACAUCUUCUUACCUUUUGUUUUCCUUUGCAUCCACGAGUGCUUGAACACGUUUUGAUGAGGCUAAAAAAAGUUAAAACAAUUCACUUUAUACAUUACAUAUCAUAUGUCUGGAAAAGCAUUUACAUAAAAAUAUCAUACUAGUAAGAUUCAUGCACUCAAAUACCUGUAGAAAGAUGUAGGACCCAGAUAUGUGUAUUGAUAUAUUUUCUAAUCCUUCUUUGCUCAAGAGAGACAAUUAUGCACAGUUCACACAAAAAGAGAAACAUUGAAAUUCUUGGUCCUCAUCAAACAUACUUCUGUUUUUCCCAAUCUUAAUUCC